GAAGGUGUAGAGCAUCAACUAACAGUAGCAUACACUCCACAACAAAAUGGGGUAUCCGAAAGGAAGAACCGCACAGUCAUGGAGAUGGCAAGGUCUAUGUUAGCUGAAAAAGGAAUGCCUAAAACGUUCUGGGCAGAGGCAGUAUAUACUUCAGUCUAUAUUCUAAACCGGUGUCCAACUAAGGCGGUUUUAAACAAAACACCUAUUGAGGCAUGGUCGGGACAAAAGCCUUCAGCCAAACAUUUGAAGGUCUUCGGAAGCAUAUGCUACAUUCAUGUUCCCUCUGUUAAAAGGCACAAAUUAG